CUCCCGGGGCUGGGCAGAGAGAGCAUCUUUCUUCCUCCUCCUCCUCCUCCUCCUCCUCGGCGAGCCCCGGCCCCGGGAACCUGCCACCGAGCCCAGCUCGGCCCCCCUCCCCGGCCCCCCCUCUCCUCUGCUCUGCAGCUUUUUGGGGGUGGGGGGGCCCCUGAUCUCUUGAAGGGGGUGGGGGAUGUAGGGAUCUGUCCCCCCCACCCCACCCCACUUCCAGCUUUUCCCCCCGGGGGGGCCCCCGCCAUUGGAAGGCAAGAAAUCUCCUCUGGGCAGAGGACUGGGGAGGGAGGGGGGGCUCGCCCUGCUUUCGGAAGGGGAAGGCGAGCAGCAGAGUGCUUUGGGAGGGGGGUGUUUGCUCCAUCCCCCCCCCUUCCCCCUCCCCAUUCCCCCCUUCCUCAGCCCAGCACCGGGUGGGUUGUUUUUUUUUUUUUAAAGGUACCAUCAGUCAUUCUGCCUUUGACAGCUCUGAAUACUUGAUGGACAGCUGAGGCAACCAGCACUAGUGGGGAGAAAGAGAGAGAGAGAAAAAAUCGACUGCAGCCCCCCCCCCAGCUUUCUCCAGGACCCCCCCCCCCCUCCACCAAUGCUUUCCCUCCUUGCACUCGCUUUCUGGCCAGCCUUGCAUCAGGGUUAACUGAGGCAGGGAGGAGGAGACCCCCACCCCGAGCACUGAAUUGUUUGUAGCAGUUUGGACCCAGAGCUGGGGGGGGGUGGGGGGGAGAUCUCGGAUCCUCGCCCCCCAUACACAGCCCACUUCCUAAGGAGAGCGAGAGGAAAAAAAGACCCCGACUUGGACUCAAACGCCAAGCAUCCGAUGGCACAAAGGUACGAUGACCUGGUGCAUUACCCUGCCAUGGAUGGAGUCGCUUUGCCCGGGUUCGGGGACCCUCACACGGCUCGGAGUUUGCCGCAUCACUCGCUGAACCAGAGCUCGCCGUAUGGAUCGGCCGGGGUGGCCCACCGGGCAGGCAUGCCCCCGGGGCUGGGGAAUACGGACGCCUUGAAGAGGGAGAAGGAUGAGAUCUAUGGGCACCCCUUGUUCCCCUUGCUGGCCCUGGUCUUUGAGAAGUGUGAGCUGGCGACCUGCUCCCCCAGGGAUACCUCGGGCUCUUACCCCGGUGGGGACGUCUGCUCCUCCGAUUCCUUCAACGAGGACAUAGCCGUCUUCGCCAAACAGAUUAGGACAGAAAAACCUUUAUUUUCUUCCAAUCCCGAGCUGGAUAAUUUGAUGAUUCAAUCCAUCCAGGUGCUGCGAUUCCAUCUCUUGGAAUUAGAAAAGGUACACGACCUGUGCGACAAUUUCUGCCACCGCUACAUCACCUGCCUGAAGGGGAAGAUGCCCAUCGACCUGGUAAUCGACGACCGGGACGGGGGCUCCAAAUCCGACCUGGAGGACUUCACGGGGUCCUGCGCCAGCCUCUCCGACCAGAAUAACUCCUGGAUCCGAGACCAUGACGAGACGGGCUCCACGCACUCGGGCACACCGGGCCCCUCCAGCGGGGGCAUCGCCUCGCAGAGCGGGGACAACUCCAGCGAGCCAGGGGACUGCCUGGAUAACAGCGUGGCCUCCCCCAGCACCGGGGACGACGACGACCUGGACCGGGACAAAAAACGCAACAAGAAGCGGGGGAUCUUCCCCAAAGUAGCCACCAACAUCAUGCGGGCCUGGCUGUUCCAGCACCUGUCGGUGAGUGACGAGAGGGGGCAGGGCAAGGCCAGGUGCCGGAGACGGAAGGAGGGAAAACCUCCAUCCUCCCCUUGCGCCUGGGGUCCCUGGGUCUCUGGGCUGUGUCCUUCUCCCAGCAACUCCGGGACUCACCCUCUGUCUGUCUGUCCCACCCGGCGCAGGUUUAUUAACGCCCGGAGGCGCAUCGUACAGCCGAUGAUCGACCAGUCCAACCGCACAGGUCAGGGGCCGCCCUACAGCCCCGACGCGCAGCCCAUGGGUGGGUACGUCAUGGACGGGCAGCAGCACAUGGCCAUCCGCCCCCCAGGUCCGAUGGGCAGCAUGGGCAUUGCCAUGGGAAUGGAGGGUCAGUGGCACUACAUGUGAGCUCUCCUGCUGACACCGAUGCUGGGGGAUGUUUCCAGGAUAUGCCGGGCCCUGCCAGGCCAUUAUCCUACCGGGCCCACGGGCACAGAACUCACGCAGCAGCCAGGGUACAGGCACCCGCACCCCAUACCCUCCCCCACCCCUCUUCCCGCCAGCCCGUGCCAUGGCCCCACCUCCCCACCCCCAUGCUCCCGGGCAGCAGCACGCGACGCCCGCUCCGACGCCCCAGAGCGGGGCGGCCACGGACACAGAGACCCAAGCUGCCGUCCCCGUCCCUCCCUGCCCCCCCUCUCCCGCCAUCACCCCAGGAACCACUCGCCCGAGCGGCCAGACUGGGCCGCGCACGGAAGGACGCGAAGCCGGGCCGUUGAGCAUCGCAGGCUCCAAGGGGCGGCCGACGGAGAAGCCAGACUCGGGCACUUAAUAGAACGUGAAACUGACCCGUCCGCUGUCUGCAAAGGAACUGCUCGGUCGCAUUUAAGAGAAGGAUUCAGGGCUCUUUUGUGUUACUUUGGGGCUGGUUUCUUAUCUCCCUCCACGCACGCACGCACGCACACCCCCCCACUCCCCCAACGGAAAGAAACAACAGCCUCUCGGUUCAGAUUUUCACCCCUCUCCACCACCGUCCCUAAGCUCCGGAGUCUUUCGGGGCGACAGAAUCCGUCGGGUUUUUUGGUUUGGUUGUUUUUUUAAUUAUGAAUGAAUUUAUUAUUAUUGACGCGCCGAACGGGGAAGUAAAUUAACUUGUACAUUU